AUGAGCUCACCAUAACAAAUGCUCCAUAGAGAGCAACCAUAACCUGAACAAGUACCUUAAGUUCAAGAAGAAAGAAAGUUUUGUGGCGGUGGAGGAGCACCCAAAGUCUGGGGUUAUUCAUCAAGCAGUUCUAGUUCGAUUACUUGCAGAAAUGAUCCUGAAAACCCUGGCCAAUAAAUUUGCAAAAAAAUUACUAGAUAAAAUUACUUUGACCCAGUCACUGGCAAAUAGUAAUUAAGAAACUCAGAGAGUGAGGAAUAUCGAUAAUCCGCAGGUGGAUUUGGAGGAUCACUGUUUAGUUCACUUUCAUCGGGAGGUGGAGAUUCAGGAAAUUUCCAUGGAAGAAAUUUCGAGAACGAGUAUAGACCUUCAGUAAUAGAAAGAUUCAGUACUAGCAGUAGUAAAUACAGUAGUAGCAAUACCCAAACUAAUAUUACCAAAGUGCAUUUUAUCCUCCAUAGAAUUAAUAGAGUUCUUUUGGCUACAGCUCAAAUGGCUAAGUGGGAGGUCCUAAUGGAGUUCGAUCACAAUUUAGGAAGAGAGGAUAUAUUCGAUGAGUUAGAGAGAGAAUUUUUGGGAAAAUUCGCAGGAGCAGCUUAUUAAUCUAGAAUGCCAUUUGAAAAUCAUUAACAGAACUCUAGGUUUGAUGUAUUUGAUGAUCCCAGAAGUUUUGCUUAGAGCUAAUAAAAAAAUCAUACAAGCAAUGGAUAAUUUCCUAAUUAAUCUGGCAAUUAAAGGCACAACAAUUUCAAUUAAAAUUCUAUGAGUUAAAAGUAAUCCAACGAAAAUCUUAAUAAUGAUUUCAAGAUAAAUUAGACAGUAAAUCCAUUACAAGGAAUCAAGUUUUCAGGGAAGAUUUAUGAUGUAUGA